AUGUCUCGUCCAACAAAGUGGGGCGGCACGAAAAGCCGAUCUGUGCUUUUUGGCAAUGAAAAGCUAGAUACCAUCAUCACCGGCCAUCUCACGCAAGAACAAAUCGAUGCCUACCAAAGGUACUUUAGGGUUGAAGAGAUUCUGCACUAUUUACGUCGAGGAGGACGUGGUGGAAGCACAUUCAUUGAGUCACUUCCGCUGACAAAGAUCAGUAACUUUAAGAGGGAUCCAUCUCCGCCACCACAGUACGAUCUGAAUGGUAACAGGACGAAUACUAGAGAGAGACGCAUCAGAGAGCAGAUUGAGAAGGAAAGAGAUACUCUUGUUGAAGUGGCAGCCACUACGAUCAAAAACUACGAUCCUCCAGUCGACUACCGUCGUCCUGAAAAGACCAGCGAAAAGCUUUAUAUACCUGUGAAGGAUUAUCCAGAUAUCAACUUCGUGGGACUUUUAAUCGGUCCUAGAGGUAAUACUCUUCGCCAGCUUGAAGAGAAGAGUGGCGCAAAAUUAGCUAUCAGAGGAAAGGGUUCCAUCAAGGAUGGUAAAAGUAUAACUGAUGCUCGAGGCGGUGCCCCAGCAGAGGAUGAUUUGCAUGUGUUGAUCCUGGCGGAUAAAGGAGCCAAGAUCCAAAAGGCUAUCAAGUUAGCCAACGAAGUCAUGGAUAAAGCUAUUCUGUCGCCAGCUGGACAGAAUGACUUGAAGAGAGAUCAGCUCCGUGAGUUGGCUGUUCUUAAUGGUACUCUUCGAGAGACAAAGCCUUACGUGCCUCCAGAGGUGCUAAACCAGAGAAGAGCACCAGUGAAAGACAUAACGCUGGUGGUAUGUCGUGUUUGUGGACAAGUGGGUCAUUAUUCCCGAGACUGUAAGCUUCGAAACGGAGACUUUAAUGACAGAUACUCUGGUGACAACAGCUACAAGCCUUCCAAUGGUACUACGGUUAAUGGUCAUAGUCGUGAAUCGCCUCGUCCAGAAACUGACUCUUAUAGUCCCAAGCCGUACAGCCCUAGACCCGAGAAAAGAGUCAAUGAUGACGAUAUACCGCCUUGGAAGCGUCACAGACCAGACACAGAUUCUUACAUUGGUGGUCAAAGCGUGCAAGCUCGUCCUCCAGCAGGAGCACCAGCAACACCUCAACCACCACCAGAAUCACACACCAUGGCUCCAUCAAUUUCACUUCUUUUCAAAUUGGUGACCUUGCCGGUGAAGAUGCUCUACUUAACCUUGCAGUUUUACACUGUGGGCACAGUCUUCACCAAUGCAACUGCUAAGAAGUCUUUGAUCAAAACGUUGCACAAUGGUUUAUGCCAACACAUGGGAAGGUCGCUCCGAAUCCAGGAUGUAAGGCUUACUUGCAUACCGGUGUCCAGGCUUUUGGGCUACAUGUCCAAGUCGCUUGGCAGAUUACCAGGCUUUAAUGAGAAGUACACUGACAAGGACGAGUUUGCUUGCGAGAGUCGCUGGAUCACCAAGAACAUCACCUCAAGGUCUUCACCUAUCGUGCUUUACUUCCAUGGUGGUUGCUUUGCUAUUCAAAUGCUGGACAACCAGGCCCAAGGCAUGGCCAACUUGUAUGAUGGAUAUAAGUUGAGAUACGGAGAGGACCUUUCUAUACUCGUGGCGGACUACUCCUUGACCGCCAUGGGUUACACUUAUCCUCGCCAAUAUAACGAGGCUAUCAAUGGAUACACGAACAUUGCCAUUAUGGGAGAUUCUGCUGGCGGUAAUCUUGUUCUCAACCUUCUCAGUUAUCUUCACAAGAAGAGUGAGACUAGCGAGGUUGUCUGGCCAGUUGCCUCCAUUGGCAUUUCGCCUUACCUCAACAUCUCAAAACAAGAGUACAGCGGCAGUUUCAAGAAAUUCAACAACUACGAUUUCUUCAACUAUGACAUGACGAGCUACUUUGGCAAUGCUUACAUCGGUGGUAAUGAUUACCUUCAUGACUCUGCGGUAGUGAAUAUUGAACGCAAUUCCGAUAAGGUUGAUUGGGAGAACAUUCCGCCCAUAAAAAACGGCGAUCUCCUCAUUCAAUUCGGUGACCAUGAGGUCUUGACAGACGAGAUUCUCAGAUGGUGUGAAAAGGCUCAACUUACGACCCGCCAUCCUGAGAAUAUAGCCAUAGAUAUUGAUGGCACGCAUAUCGGAUUUUUCGUUACGGAGAGCGUUGCUUAUGGCAAUAUCGAGAAUUGGCUGAAUCAGUAUUGUGCCAACUCUGUAUUGAACUUUUACACAGUAAGUUCACUGUCUAGUCGUACAUUUUAA